GAAACCCUAAUUUGCGCUCGACAGCACCUCCAUGGCUCUCACUCACUUUGCAGAAGAGGAAGGAGAAGAAAAGAAAGCUCGAAUUUGUGUCAUGCCUGUUCUCUGUUGAUGGAUUACACCCCAGCCUUAUCUGUCUUGUGACCAUGAUCAUGCCCACAAUCUCUGCUGCGUAUCAGGAUUUGAAGGGCUGGGGGUGUUUGUCUGACGAGGAUCAUACGUAGCCCCACUCUGCAGUUGAAAUGCACAUGGGGCUCGCUGUGUGGAGCGGGCUCUCUGCCCAGUGUUGUCCCACGCUGCCAAUUCUCCGCACUCACAGUAGUGGAGCCAGCAGCAUUGUUCCCUCAAUUGCAAGCAGAACCAAUUUUUGGGAUGGCCGGGUUGAGGUGUGGCGACGACGCGAACGUGCUGCAGGAUGGGAAUGUGGCUGGUUUGUGGAGAGUGUUGCAGAAUCCAUGUCUAUACGGAGGGGGAUGUUAGUUGUGACGAAUGCUAGUAAAAGGAGGCGGUGGAAAAGCGAGCCCUUGGUGAAUGGUAGCGUAACAAAGAGAGCACUGCAUAUCGUCAAAAUCUUACGCUCAUCGAGUAAUCUUUUGCCGGAUGAAAUCGAUGCAACUUUGCAGAAAUGGGUGACCAGUAUGCAGCCGAAUCGAAAGGAUUGGCUUACUGUGCUGAAGGAGUUUGACAACAGGUUGGAACGACUUCUCUACUUAAAGAUAUUCGAAUGGGGGCUCCUGCAAAGCUGGUUUGAGGCGGGCGUUCGAGACUAUACCAAAUUGAUUGAUAAGUAUGGCAGGGAAGGGAAUGUCGUUGAAGCGGAGCAGAUGUUCCGCAUUAUGGAAGAACGCGGAAUACCGGCGGAUUUAGGUGCUUUCACCGUGCUGAUAGCAGCUUAUGGACGGGCUAAAAUGCUGGAAAAGGUUAAGCAAGUACUGCAGGAUGUGUCGCUAGCAGGUCUGGAACUAGAUGCCGUUUUUUACAAAACUGUGAUUGUAGCUUACGGAAGCGUAGGAAUGCCUAAAGAAGCGGAGGAUGUAUUAAGCAGCAUGGAAUCAGCUGGGGUGCCAGAUGGGAAAGACGCCUACCUUGCUUUACUGAAUGCAUAUGGGAGGCUAGGCCAUGCUUCUGACGCCCAAAGGGUAUUCGACCGAAUGCAUUUGAAGGGUUUUAGAGGGGAUUUGAAAGCUUUUACUGCACUGUUGGAAGCUUACAGCAAUGCACAAGACUAUGCAAACGCAGAGCUCGUCUUUCAGAGCCUCAGAGCGGCAGGUCUAAAACCUGACGAUAGAGCACUCGCAAGUAUGGUUUCAGUCUAUGCCAAAGCGAACAUGUUAAACAGGGCUGCGGAGGUCAUAGUGGAGUUGGAGGGUGCUGGGAUGAGAUUUGGGCCAGUUACUCUGACGUCCCUAAUUGGAUGGUUUGGUAAAGCUGGGCUGGUGGAGGAGGCCAAGCAUUGCUUCCAGGAAUUGAAACGAAAGCGCCUGCCCAUUUCAGGAAAAGCAUAUGCAAAUAUGUUUGCUGCCUAUGCUCGAGCUGGUGAGCUUGAAACUGCUGGCAGCAUCUGGGCCAGUAUUGAAGAAGCCGGAAUCGAACUAGAUCACCGCGAAUGUGCAGUCAUGGCGGAGGCUCUGCUAGCUGGGAAGGUCCAUGAACAGAGCGUCGAGAUCUUCUUUGAAGCGUUGCAAGCCCGAGGGUGGAAGUCACUGACAGCUGUGGAGGUUGCAGUCGCUGAUCGCAGCCGAGGGUGCUAUUUCCACGAAAGCAAGCAUGGUAUGGUAUGUUGAUGUCUUGUGUAAAGGAGGCAAGUAUGGCUGGAGAUGAGAUCCAGUGUGGCGGACAAGAAGUAUAUACUGUGUUCCUCCACGAUAUGAUUGGAGUGAGGAAUAAUGAUGGAGAAUGAGGACACGCAUCCAAUUGAGUUGCUGCAGCCAGCGUGUAGACGCGUUUUAGCAAUGGAUGCGUUCAUGUGAUUGGUUGUGUGAGAAAAGGAAUCGGAAAUGUGUUGAUACAUAUGGAUUGGAGGUGGAUGAUUAGAGGGUAAUAUUACACGGCGGUACAACAUCUGUGCGUGUCAUUUCGGAGACAUCUGCGCGAAGUAUUGACCCACAUGGAUUGAAGGUGGAUGUUUGGAGGGUAAUAUGCGAUGGUGGAAGAGCAGGAGUACAUGUCUCUUCGGAGACAUGUGAUAAAAUUGGAACGAUACAGAGAAGAUUAGCAUGGCCCCUGCGCAAGGAUGACACGCACAAAUCGAGAAAUGGUCCAAAUUUUUUCCUUAACUUUUCGCUGAUAGCCAAAGGAGCAAAUUAGUGAAGCUAUUCAUCAAAAAUGAACGUUGGCUCUAAGACAUGUUUGUUGUUCUCUCUCUGAAUUUGGAGGCUAUUUGCUGUUCAGCUAUUAUAGCUGACUAAGUGAAUCUCUGGUGUUAUUCUUCUUGAAGCGAAAACUUUGAUACACAUUUUAGCCCAAAAAGUAGCUUGCUGAGCGCUUCAUAGCGCUUGGAUUGUCAACUCAGAUUCUUCUGAGUUACAAUGAAUAAGCCUCAAUUGAAAUCAGUCAACGAAUUGUGGACAAAAAAAGCUGCCAGUUUUUAGCGUGA